CAUGGUAACGAUAUAAGCGCGUUGCAGCACGUUGAAGGGCGUUAGGCAGAGGGAAGGGCCACAGAUUAGAUAGAGAGAAAGAACAGCUCCCCGGAUAACCUUGGGUCACAAUCGCACUUUCUUCGGCUUCCAUCCCUUCUACGGGUACCUCGUACCUCCUCGUAUCGCUUGCCGACAUCCCCCCUCACUGUGGCUUUUGCCAGCUGGCUAGGUGCAAGCCUCUUAUACGAGUCGCCCCCCAUCCUAACUACGUGGGGAACACAUGUCGGUCUCUACACAUGCCAGGUAUCUGAGAUCUCCCACCUUGCACAAACUUCUCUCGGUCACAUCUUGUCAACCUCAAGUUCAGUUCGAGUCUGUUGCGUCCUCUUCUCUGCAGAUUCCCAUUUUCUGUCUGCGCCGAUUGCGUUUCUGGAAAUCUGUCUCUGAACAAGGUGGCCUUGAACACUCAAUGGAUGCUCCAGGUGAGGCUGAGGCUGAGGUUGAUCAGGCUGAAGCUGAUCAGGCUGAAGCUGGUCAAGCCUCCAACACUUCGACUCAGACGGAGCGCAACGAUGCGGCAACUACUUUUCUCAACUUCAAACUCAGCGACAAAGAGCUACUGUCAGCACCCAAAGGAGGAAGAGUCAAAGCCGAGAUUGCAUUAGGCGAUGAGGGCACUAUUGCCUAUAUUAGCGAGUAUGGUGAGCUUGUGAUGAUGAUGAAGUACCUUGGCGUUGGAGCGACUGGCAUGGUCACCGCUGCGUCAAUGACAACCGAGGUGAACUUGGCCAUGGAGCUGGAUGAGCAGCUGGAAACUCCUGGCACAGGCAUUGGACUGCGCCUCUAUGACUGGUCCAGUUUCGAGAAUCUGCAAGUCCAAUUUGUGCACGAUCGCUGGCCUAGAAUAUCAUUCACUUUGCCUGAUGUCGCAAAUGUUACAAUUCAGCUAGUAGUCAAAGAUGGCUGUGUCUUUCAACAAUACAUUGUGGAUAGCAUAUCAGAUGGGUCGCAAAAGCUUUUGUUCAGGGUUAACACGGACAUUGGUCUAUGGCCAACAAGGUUUUGGGAACAGGAGUACGAUGUAUACGACAUUAAAGCCACCAAGUUGCAUCGCGAUCAGACGGAUCUGAGUGCGCAGCUCAGAGUAGUGCCAAAGCCAGCCGAGGAUUGCCACACUGAACCUCCUAAGGUCAGUGAGUUGAUGUUGAGCUUCGCCCUGUUUGAGGACGGAAAAGCAGUGGGACUUGCGUAUGACGACGACGUUGAUCCUUAUGACUACGUCCUGAAGCUUGAAAAAUACCAAAAACGGGAGUUGAUGGCAAAAUAUCAGUUGGGAGCAACGGGCUUGACUGGGUCUGAGCCAGAGCCGGCAACUCCAAAUGAGCCUGAGUCAGUGGUUUCGGCUGAGCGAGAUCUGGCGGGUUCAAACGAGCCUAAGCCAGCGGGUUCUAAUGAACUUGGGCAAAGUAUUCAACAAUAUGUCGACAUUUGUGCCUUUCUGACCGAAGAAGGUAGGAAAUAUGGAGCAUGGAAGGCUUGGAAUAGCCAGGAAAGAUCUCACUUUGUCUUCAGACGUAAUUUGGAGCAUAUUCUCACAGUUUGCGCAAUUCCGUUGCUGGGAGCGGACAAGGAACCAACACCAAUAGCGGUCACAGAUGGUGAGAUGCUGGACUUGAAUAUAUUAAAAAGCCAUCCAUAUCGGUUUCUUCUCAGAAUGUACGAGAUAUUGAACGUCGAUGUGGAAGACAAGAUUGCGGAUCAGACGUUGAAGGCGAACCUGAAGCGCCGCAUCAAGCACGCAUGUGUCGGCAUCCUUACUUGGAAGUAUGGCUAUGCAAAACUGAGUAACGACACAGGCUGGUACGAACAUUACCAAAUCAAUGGAGACCCCAUGAACGAGGACAGUACACAGGCCCUUGCUCAGGCUGAACUUGUGGAAAUUCUCCACGAGUUUAUCGUUGUCUUUCCCGAAGAGGAAGCCCUCGUCCUGGACAUGCUCCAGGAGGAAUAUAUUGCUCUCUGGUUAAAGGCACUAUUGAGGCAACAACAUUCUGCUUCCAAAUUAUGGGCCACCAAAGAGAUAGAACAGACCAUUGACUGGUAUGAUUACGACCAUGACGACAAUAAUAAGAUCCAGCUAUCUCACUUCAAACUCGUCGAUUUGGUCAAGCUUUGGAGAAGUCUUCGCUUCCUUCAAAAAAUCUACGAGCGAAGGGAAAGAGACAUCACGACGAUCCAGUCCACAAAAAACAAGAGCUCGGCCAAAGCAAUUGUCGGUACGGCUGUAAAGAGCAACCCCAGAAAGGAUGGAGAUGGCAAUCGUUCAGAGCCAAAGGACAUGAUAGCGGCACGCGAUCCGCUUGAGGAGCUCAACAGAAAAAUGAACGAAAAGGAGCAGGAUCGGCGCAGAAACAAGAUCAACAGCUACCUUCGGGAAUUGGAUCCAGCUGGAAUCCGCUCCAAAAUAAUCAAGGCCUUUACCUUCAGUGACACCAAGGGUGACUUCAAGACAAGCAGGAUUGCGGUGUGUCGUUGCGCAAGACAUUCGAGUCCUCGAACAUCCUUCCACCAGCUUGACUAUCGUCUCUUGGAAGCUGUAGAUUGGGGUUUCUUUGAUGAUGAGCCAGAAGGUCUCCUCCCUGCCUGGAGUGAGACACUCAGAGCACAGGAUAGGUCAGACAAGGACUGGGACAAUUCCUUACGAUAUGCUACCGCAAUUUACCGAGCUGUUCAAGAACAGCCAGUCAAGAAAGACGAUUAUGCAUUCGUUGAAAAACAAGACGGACAAAGCAAACCUUUAUCGAGGAGGGAGCAAAGCUCAACCAAUCCUCCACAUGGCUCCAACUCACCCAGAACAGUCUCAAAUUCCAAAGAGGCCAAGGGAAGGCCCCUCCGAGGGCAAAAUUUCCGAGAUACCCUUUUGGGAUCUGUGUUCUCAAAUGGUCUAUUUGCCCACGAAAUUGAUAUAUCCAAGAAGCCUGUGCGGAUUAUGUGGUUCGCUGCAGCAGGUCGCCGAUAUGCAGCGGCUCACCUUCUUUUGGAGUCCGACUUCAGAGACAUUCUACCACGAAGGGAACGGCUCAUCAUGACUCGUUCGGAUAUGGUUGAAGAUGACAAACAAAAAGAAGACAACGGGGGCCAGUCCACCGCGACACAGGAACUAGACGAGGAGAUGCGAAAAGAGCUUCGAAAAAUUCGAAAAGCCAAAGAUGGAAAGGUGCCAAAAGUUUCACAGGCCGGUGAAAAGCGCAUUGAAGAAUAUCAUGAACCGGAAUGGCUUUACAAUGAAUUGCCAUGCUUUAGCAAAUACACGGAAAUGGAAGCCAGCGACUCCGAGCUACCAGAAUCGGAACCCAAACUUCCAAAUGUCAUACGGAAGAAACUCAGACAGCUUAAAACACUGCUCGAUUCCGAAACAAUGGUCAAUAGCGACCGAGAGCUACUACAUGGGCCCCUCAAGCCUCGGUUGAACUAUGCCCCCCUGAAAGCACUUAUCAUCGAUGUCCGCAGAUCCACGGCCUGGAAGUCAGAACCCAAGCCGAGGGAACUGUGGGGUAUGGACGAGAUGUUCAACGCUGAUGAGCUAAACGCGUUUCUAAAAAAGCAGAGAACCAGAGCCGAGGCCAAGAAAAGAUUGAUAAUGCUCCAUUCGGCAACCAUUGGCUCCGCCUGGGUGCUGUAUAAACGCUGCCCAUCUUCAGAGAGAAAUUUGAUGGCACACUUCCUCCGUCGACAUGCCAAUUUCUCAAACUUGACAUCGAAAAGAACCAGCCGACUGGCCAAUGUGUGGACAACAGAGCUCCACAUCAGCUUCUACGAGCCAUACGUGCAAACUGCCGACUCUUUGGAUGCAUCAGAACGUGCUUUGUUUGUGGAACUCAAGCCAGAACUUGAGUUGAAAAGUUCAUCGCGGGUAUCCGCAUUUGUCAAGGCUACGGUAGGGUUCCGGAUAGUGGGCGACAUGUACGAUCGGUCUUGGACAUGUUGGAUCUUGGCGGCAACUCCUGAAUCGAUACGCCGCGCGUCAGCUUUUACAGAAGAAUUCAAAGAUGAUUCUGGGGAUGAGGAGCUCACGGGCAGCAACCAUCGGCAAUCAUGGCUGCCAUGGAUAUGGACGUCUAAUGAUGGGUUUCAUCAACAAAGAAGAGUGCUGGAGAUCCUGCUAUUUGUGAAAAUUGCGAAGGAGGCCUUCACAAGUACCAAUGCAAUUCUUGAGGAUGUCGACAAGUAUCUCCGUGACGAAGUCAACCGAUUUCCUCCAGGGAGCACCAACUCCUCUUUCAUCCUUGCAAGCCAGCGCAACCUCGAGAUCUACAGUCAGGUUAUCCGUGUUCUUAAAGCACUCCAACUGAAUGCCGAAGCAGUUAAUAAAACGGUAAGAGAUUGGCAAGCAGAAAGCUCAGAGGCGCUAGAAAAGCCACGAUGGUCGAGAUCCGAUGAGGCAAAGUAUGGUAUCAAGCUGAGCCACGUAUUACAGCGUAGUCGUCGGAUCAGGCAGGAUUUGGAAGAACAGGAAGAGAAGAUAAAGAAUAAGAUUCUUGAGGUUCAACGGUCAAACGAAACGACUGUAUCGGAACUGUCGGUGAAUCUCACCAUCGUUCAAAGUCGGACGGAUGAGAAUGUGCGCCUCUUCACGUAUGCAACCGUGAUAUUCCUUCCACUUGGCUUCUCGUCGAGCCUGUUUAGCAUGGGUGGCUCACCGGCACACGAGACGAUCCAGAAGUUCUCAGUGACAGCCAUAGUUGUGCUUGUGCUUACAGGACUAUUGUUGCUGAACGUGAAGAGUCUUGUCUGGGGCUUUAGGAAAGUGGGCGACUCCUUUAUUCGCAACACGCAUUCAAAGAUGAUGAUGAAGAGCACGCACGGCUUCUGGCACGAAAAGGCGAACGCUUUGAAGGGCCAACAACUUCGCAACGCGGGAAUCCUCCGAUCUCAAUCUUCUGACAGCCUGCCGAAGGAACGGAUCCUUGUCCGGGAGAAGCUUCCACCGAGCAAGCUCUGGUAUAUCUGGUUUUGGAUCUGGUUUUGUUGCACCCCGUUUUUCGUGCCAUUCAUCUUGCUUCGGCAUGCGUUGGUGAGCCUCAAGACCAAAAUCGAACGGUGGAACGUGCGGAAAGAAGAGGGAAAUCCUGCAGAAAACAGUGAGGAGAAUGGCACUGACGCCGAGGACCGUGAUAGGGCACCAGGGUAUCGUUUCGGCAGGUGGAAACUAGGGGGAAAGAGCUCGAAAUCCCGGGUGAUGAUUGAAACCCGUUCCAACAGCAGCUCUGCCGCUCAAUCUGGUGAUGGAGAAGAGAAUGAUAUUGAGGCCCAGACUCCGAGGGCAUGA